AGAAAUUCCGAUCUUUUCCUAUGUAAACAGCGCUUACUAACCAAAUAUUUUAUUCUACAUUGAUAUUACUUUGACUCUUUUUACAUAAUUUAACAAAAUCAGUCAGUACACCGAUUGCUAAAAGUUCGAGAAUCGUUAUUUAAAUACAAUUUUAUUGAGACAAAAUUAUUAAUCUGAAAAACCAUUCCCAAAGGAUCGAACAGCAUGAGUGACGCACAGUCUUUAAUUCAGAACCAAAACGACGGCAACAUUGGCGAUGUCUAUCAGAGCGUUGUCGUCGAUAUAAAUAGACAGCAUACGGUAGUAGAUCAAGAGCACUUUGAGAUCAAGAAAGACAGAAGACCGGGACCAACGUGCUCAUUCUUACCGGUUGUAAACACCACACUGAUUGUUAUUUUGACUUCGAUGGUGAUAUAUGUCAUCGUACGUUUAAAUCACAGUGGCGCAGUUGGCAUUGAUGCAGAGGUUCAUGGAAAGCUAGACAUUGUAAAAGUUGAUCCUGUUGUUCACCAGGCCUCGCACCAAGCUCUUACAGAUGAUACCUUACCCACUUCAAAACAGGAAGAUAUACACGACGUGUUUGAGUUGGACCAAAAUAAGUUGAAGAAUUUGGGAUUUGUCCGGUGGAUAAGGACCGAGGAUUCUAAAUCGAUAACCCCCAGUGAAAAUGACUCUUGCGUUGAAAUUUCACAUCCGGGUCUGUAUGCCGUAUUUUCCCAAAUAACGUUCAGGCUCGAUAAAUUAUCGCCGGAUCGCGUUAGUCACAGCAUUAUAGUCAAACGUAAUGAGACUGAUGAAUCGACGACCCAGAUACGUUUGCUGGACAUACCCCAGAUGAGAGUUGGCACCCAUUCGUUUUUUAUGCCUAGUAAUAUUAAUGUGGUUAUAAGUGUCAAACCGAGGGAAAAAGUGUGUGUAAUGGUAUACCCAGCUGAUAUGGUCUAUGUAUCUGCUGUCCAUAAUAUUCUCACGGUUGUAAGACUUAACGCACUAACAGUUUAAAUCAAUGUAUAAAAUAUAUUUUUUCCAUUCUCCUGAUUCAGUAUUACCAGUGCGUUUAUAUUUAAAUCAUGUUUUAGCCAAAUAACAUAUCAGCAUGCAAGAAGCUAAAUUGCUGUCGUUUUAAGCUAAUAAACAUAUCUUAUACUCGACUUGUAUUCCAAGUUCUUCGAGAACGUUGUAAAGGAUUGGUCUCAUGCCCAUGUUUUCACCACCGGAAGGAGGAGCACUUUUUAAGCAAACUGCCCUUACUAUCUGUCUAUGCGUUUAGACUAAAAGGAUGUAGAAUUAAUAAGCUGUUCCAUAGCUUAAACAGGAUUGCAGUGUAGGUUGAACUUGCGGUUAUUUUGUUUAUUAAAUAACUAAUUGUGUAGCAUAUAUUGGCAUGAAGUACAUUUCUUUGACUUUUGUUUGCUACUUUAAGUCGUAAUAUAUACAUGAAAUAAAUGUUCAAAUGAGGAAAUAUGUUAACAUGAAAUCAUGUCAUUUUUCCUUAUAAUCUUUUGUAAGAAACCAUUACCCACUUUGUGUAACCAUUGCAAUGAAUUGUGGGCAUUCAAAUCGACGUGUUUUGUGGUCAUCGGAAAGUAAUCUGGAUAACUAGUUACCUCGUGUUUCCUCCUUAUGUUCCUUAAAUUACUCAAAAUGACAUUUAAAGGGGCCUUCCGUGUAUGUAUAUAUUGUGUAUAGACUGUGUGAAUAAUAAAUGAGUUUGAAAAUUAAAUUUACAGCGAAUAUUUUCUUCAAUCAUCUUACAUACAGAUGUGUUCGACGUUUUAUCAUGCUUUGUAUGAUAUGAUUUACAUGUAUACAGUUUCAGUAUUCACGACGUUUUGUCUUGCUUUGAAUGAUAUGAUUUACAUGUAAACAGUUUCAGUAUUCACGACGUUUUAUCAUGCUUUGUAUGAUAUGAUUUACAUGUAUACAGUUUCAGUAUUCACGACGUUUUAUCAUGCUUUGUAUGAUAUGAUUUCAUACAGUUUAAAGGGAUCUUUUCACGCUUUGGUAAAUUGACAAAAUUGAAAAAAGUUGUUUCAGAUUCGCAAAUUUUCGUUUUAGUUAUGAUAUUUGUGAGGAAACAGUAAUACUGAACAUUUACCAUGGUCUAAUAUAGCCAUUAUAUGCAUCUUUUGACGAUUUUAAAACCUAAAAAUUAUCAAGCGUUGCAACGCGAAACGAUUGAAUAAUUUGGAGAGUUCUGUUUUUGUCGUUAAAUUUUGUGAAACUACGAAGAUUGCUUAUAAAAGGUAUAAAAUACUUCAUGUAUAUGUACUCGGCGGAAUAGCUCAGUAGGCUAAAGCGUUUUUACUUCAGGACUCUGGCAGGACUCCAGGGGUCACUGGUUCGAAACCUGGUCCGGGCAAUAUUCUUUUCCUUUUUUAAAUUUUAUUCUUGAUUUUUUACUGGAGCUUUUACGAUCCAAUGUUUACAUUUAUCGAUAUAAAGCAUUUAAUGAAUAAGUUAAAAAAUGCCAAAAUCUGUGAAAAGGCCCCUUUAAGUAAUCACGACUUUUUAUCUUGCUUUGUACGGUGUGAUUCCAUACGGUUUCAGUAUUCAUGAAGUUUUAUCAAUCUUUUUACGAUAUGAUUCCAUACAGUUUCAAUAUUCACGGAAUCUUGUUAAACAGUCAGUGGUGAAAAAAGUGUGCGAUCUUUUCGAAUAUUAUUGUUUUCAAUUGCUAUCUAUUUUUAGCAAUAUGGGAUUCCUUGCACGAGUGUAUGACGUAGAUACUGUGACCAACGCGAUCUUGCGAUGAUGUUGCAGACUGAAAAUUAUUGGGAAAAAUGCGCCAUAAAGAACGGAAUAUGAAAUUUCAAACGCAUAAUCGCGUUGAUAACGGCACCUACGUAAACGGCCAUACCAAAGUCCUACUUAUAUCCUAGCUAAUGAAAGGAAACUUAUAUUGAUAAAAAUAGAUGGCCAUUGAAAAGUAUUAUGCACGCUAAGAUGGUAAAGAUGAAUGGUUUACAAGAGUUUGUGAAUACUAUUUGGCCAUGUAUCAUGUCUAUAUGAGUGGGUGUACCACUUAAUAUUAUAAUUAUAGUUAAUUGCUGAAAAUAAUAAUUGCAUCAUUGUUUUCGUACAUGAAUUUGUGUUUUUGUAUACAUCACAUACCAGUAUUGUCGCAAUGAAAACACAAUUUAAUAGAACAAUAAAAAACGUCUGCUCAAACGUUUGGCCCAUCGUCAAACGUCAAACAAAAUGCAAUGAAUCUUUGGUAUAUUUAUGUCUCUCAACUUGCGCUCAUGGAUUUUAAAAUAAUGUGCCUAAAUGUGUGUAAGAGUUUCGAACUAAGUCACUAAUGUUUUGUCCAUGUAGAUUUUUGUUUAAAGUUUCAGUUUUUAUUUGAU